ACAGCUGUAAACCACGCUGCCUGAGUUCAGCGUAAUCAGUCGCUCCGACAAAAUCUGGACAUUUUGACUCUUCUCUCCGCCCGCAACAUAGAACAAGACGGCGAUCAUCUGUAUUAGAAGCAUAUCAUCCACGACCGUCACGAAAGUUCCAGCUCUUUUUAUUUUGGUUUCUUGUUUCGGUGUUCCUGCAGUGAAUGUCAGUUGAAUGGAGUUUUGAUACCGAAAACAACCUUUUCGAGAUCCCCGUAAAUGCAUCUUCGCGAUACUUUGCUCGCAUUUAGCAAUCAAGACGCUUUCAUUGUUAAUGUGUUUUUUUUUUUCUUUUUUUUUUCGGAGCAGCUAACGUCGGUAUGGAUCAUUAAAAAACUGUGGAAACCUGGAAUACAGUUUUGGACUGGAAUCGGGAGCCUGGGCGAUGUAGCCUAAAGGUGAUAACUUGAUGCUGGCAGACACUACACCAAAACACACCAGCCCCUUGGAUCCCCCCACCCCUGCCAAGAGGUGGAUUUGGGGUAACCAACCCUAACUGGUUCCUGUGUAUAAGGUUAGCGUUGGAGGCAUCCAAGUGACUGCUGGUCAGGGGGUCAAAGAUGCCAGGAUGCCCAUCACUCAAGACAACGCCCUCGACAUACUCUCAUUGCUUGAGGACUGGCACAGGGCUCAGAGUACAAGAUCACAGCAGGACAGCUGUCUUAAACAGGACAAUUCUGGCAAGCACGUUGAUCAGGAGUCCUACCAGCCUGGAGAGGGAGACAGUGUGCGCAGUAUCAGCAGUGUUAGCAGUCUUAAUGUCGAGGACAUAUCCCUGUGUCUGGCUGCCAUUCAGAAGUUGGUAGAGUACAUUAAGAUUAACUUCAUGGAGAGUGACACAUCUCCAUCAGCCAACCCAUACUCCUGCAAGGAGGGGUUAGAUGUUGAGGUCCAUGCUGUUUCCCUCAGUAAAGAUAAGGGAGAUGCUGCUGAGUUUGGCCUUAGUUUUGGAAACAUCCCAAUUUUUGGGGAUCCUAAUGGCAGAAAGAAAGGAGGCCCAAGAAGGUGGAGGGACCAGGGCCCGAUCCUGGAUGUGGGCUGCAUCUGGGUGACAGGGGUGAGAAGGAGAAGUCCAGCAGCCUGCUGUGAGGGAAUCAAACUGAGAGAUGAACUGCUGUCACUGAAUGGGCAACUGAUGGUGGGAGUAAAUGUCAGUGGUGCCAGCUACUUGGUUGACCAGUGCUGGAAUCAAGGCUGCGUCUAUCUGAUCUUACUCCGGCGAGUCAAGAGAAAGGCUCCUCUCCCUCCCUGUGAUGUCAGUGAUAGUGUCAGUACACCUGUCUGCAGUAACGAGUGUGAAGACCUGCAACACAAUCAGUGUGCAUCUGAGUCAACUGACAGCCUGGCAAACUGCAAACGAACACGCAAGUUUGGUGUCAUAUCACGAUCUUCCUUUAACCGAGAUAACAGGGUCAGUACUGACACAGAAGUAUGGAGCAGGUUCAAUGGCUACAGCUCUUCUCUUCCCACUGAUGCUGAAGUCAAUCCUCCAGGGGACAAGUCAGGUUGCAUCCUCUCCACACAUACACCUACAGGAGAGAUCCCAGACACGUUUACUCAGACCAGACAAGGCAGUCAUAUCUGGAAGAUGCAUAUGAUGAAGGGUGAGGAAGGCCUGGGCAUAAAGAUAACAGGCGGGCGUGGCUCCAAGCACUCUCCUUGUAGCAUCAUUAUAGCUCAUAUAGUGGAAGGGGGUGUCAUUCACAGAGAUGGUCGUCUUCAUGCAGGUGAUGAGCUAUUGAUGAUUAAUGGUAAGUCUCUGGUGGGUCUCACCCACCAGGAGGCUGUGGCUGUCCUUCGGUCUACUACUGGUCUUGUCCAGUUGGUCGUGGCUACGAGGGAGUCAGAUGUGGGUAUAGAAUUCUCCCCAUUCACCAGUCUCCCAGACCUUGUCAGCAACUGCAGCUAUUCUUCCUCCUUGUCUCAGACUGAUCCCCUACACUCCACUCAGGCCAACAGCAGCACCAGUCUGCAUGACUCCUAUUUGUUGACCGGUCUGGAGAAACUAGAAGACCAAACUCAGGGAGGGGCAACCAAAGUAUCAUGCAGCAGUCCCAAACCACUCAAGCUGUACAGCCAAUCCCAAGAAGAAAGAAAUUAUGCCUUUACAUGGUUUGCGGGGAGUUGCCGCCUGCAGUCCGUGGGUGAGGAUGAUGAGCUGUUCGCAGAGAAUGUUGUGAGCGGCUGUGAAGUAGCAGAGAAGCAGCCUCCUGGCCGUCGUAAACACUCCUUACCUCAACAGCUAGAUAGUGCUGGAGUGAGGCAGAUCAUUAGGAAAUCUGCGCGCUCCCUGAGUACAAUUCAAGUGGAAUCUCCAUGGCGACUGGCACAGCCUUCCAUUAUCUCCAGCAUAGUGCUGAUGAAAGGCCAGGGCAAGGGCCUAGGAUUCAGUAUUGUUGGUGGGCAGGACUCAGCACGUGGUCAGAUGGGGAUUUUUGUCAAAACCAUUUCCCCUCAUGGAGCUGCAGCAGCUGAUGGACGAUUGAAAGAGGGAGAUGAGAUUUUGGAGGUAAAUGGAGAGUCUCUCCAAGGACUCACACACCAACAGGCCAUCCAGACCUUCAAGCAACUAAAAAAAGGAGUAGUGACUCUGACAAUUCGAACCCGUCUGCGCAGUCCAAGCCUGACUCCAUGUCCAACCCCAACCCUCCUCAGCCGCUCUAGCUCACCCAAUUCCAAUACCAGUGAUGGUACAUCUGUGCCAUCAGGAUUUGAACAGGCUGACAGCCACAUGGGCCUUGGUCUAGGUCCAAAAGAUUGCGUUAUCAUUGAGGUUUCACUUAAUAAAGAGCCCGGUGUUGGCCUGGGCAUUGGAAUUUGCUGUCUGGCCCUGGAGAACUCCUCUCCUGGUAUCUACAUCCAUAGCUUGGCUUUGGGUUCUGUGGCCAAGAUGGAUGGAAGGCUCAGUCGUGGAGAUCAGAUACUGGAGGUGGGCUCCGUCAGCCUUCGUCAUGCUGCUCUCAAUGAAGCUUACGCCAUCCUCAGUGAAUGUGGCCCAGGACAAGUCAGUCUUAUUAUAAGUAGGCAUCCUGACCCCAAGGUAUCAGAGCAGGAGAUGGACAACAUCAUAGCUCGAUCCACACACAGGGACAAAAUGAGGAGGGACAGACACUCUUCGUAUUUCCAAGGUCUGUUGUGUGAGAGCCCCCAUCCAAAAAUAAAGGACAGACUGGGAGAUGGCUCCCCUACUCUCAGCUGGACCACAAAGAAAUUCCUUGAGCCUACCAGUAGACAGAUAUCCUUGAGCUCAGGGAUAAAUAUAUCUCAGUACGCCUCCCACAAUGUUUCCGGUCACUCAAUCCUGUCUGAAUCAAUUCUGAUGGUCUCAAACAGUGAUGAAGCACUCCACCAACAGAGCUGCAGUACCUCAAUGGAUGACAUCUCAACACAACCACUUACCAAAUUGUCACCCAUUUAAUGCCACAGAGGAGUAGCAAAUUCAGCAAAAAUUCUGACAGAACUUGCGCCUUCUAACCCUUUUUCGCUCAACAGAAAGAUGCAACCUUAUCUCACAAAAUUGAAAUCAUGGCAGGUUUGUGGCUUAAAAUGGCAUCUAUUUUGUUUAUUUGAUAAACUAUAACAUUUAAGUAAAAAUGAGGACAAGACAAAAAUACAUCAUUUUUCAGUUUAAUUUUAUUUUUAACAUUUGAAUAUACAACACCACUGUCAGGAACAUCAUGCCUUGCCUUGAGAACUUUCUAUAUGCUUUAUUUAAACAGAGGUAGCAUGAAGGCAGGUUGAUCAUUUCAGUCAUCACACACCCUUCCAAGACAAGUCCAGCUUUGAAUGGGCCAAAGUUAGGAUUUUCAUCAUCAACAAAAAAGAAUCCUUUAGCAGUUUAACUGCAUACAUCCAGUUUCAUCCUAACAGAGUAAGAAACAGACCUGAGUACAUAAUCAUGCCAGGAGAUAAUUCUGUGUUGUCCACCAAAACAUACCACUGACAGUUUAUGAUGAAAUGCAUUUUAUGAUAUUGACUGCACUAAAUGUAAUUUCUGAGUGUAAUCAUUCACAUGUCUAAGUAACAUCCAGGUGAACGAAUGCCAGGUCCAGAAGUUUCCAGCAGAGCAUUGAAUUGUCACAAGAUGAUCAGUGUUAUUCACUUCUCCUGUCAGUGGUUUUAAUGUUGUAGCUACAAUUGUGCAUUAUUAGGGGACGGCAACAAAUGUGUUUUUCAAAAAAAGAUCUAAAUGGUGUGGAGUGCAGGUUUUUAGUGCACCACCAUCUGGUUGAUUCCACUCAUUCUUUAUUGAGUAAGUGGGACAGCUAUUUUGGAAGAAAAGGGAAAAUAGUUCAUCAAGUCUAUUUUUUUAAAGCAGCAUUUAGACACUCAAAGACACUUUUUGAGGUUCAUCAUAUUAAAUAAUGUUCUGAAGAAGGUGUUUUAUAAAAAGGCAGGCCAUUUGGAAAUAAUAUUUCUAAUCAUAACCAUAAGCUGACUUCAUGCAAUCAGUACUUACACUUUCCUUCAUCAAGGCUGAAGUCACACAACACAGAAAUACCUGUGGCAAAACCAUUAACAUCUGUUGCCACAUUUGUUACUGGAAUAAUUAGCAAGCUCAUAUCCUGCAGACCCAUCUGUGUCCUUUUAGGAUGACGUGUCUUAGAUUUUGAUUAGCAGCAAAAGUUGAAAACUUCUGUGGAAAUACUCAGAAAUAAAAAAAAAAAAAAGGCUGGUGAAACUUCUCCAGAUAAGGUGAUUUGAUGACUCUGAUGAUGAUGCUGACCUAUUUUCAAAAUGUGAAUUUAUUAGAAUUGAAAUAAAACAAGAAAAAAACAAAAACAAAGGGUACAUUUUUAUUUUUUAUUUUUCUUGCAUUUCUAGCACCACCUAGUUUUAUGGUUUUGUUUGUGUUUAUUGAAACAUUCUACUUAAACAAAUAAACAAAAGAUACCAAAAAAUGACCAAAGCAACUGACAUUGUAGAAUCUUUUGCUAUAAUUUGUGCACUUAAAACUAACUUGGUAUUUAGUGGAAAAAAACAACUUGGUCUUUAGUUUUCAUUUUAUUUUUAGGUUUUAAUGCAAUGGACAUUUUUAUACAAAAAGACCAGCUGCCAUUUGUCGUGCUCUAAUGUGAUGUACUGUAUAUUAAACUUAUUUUUUCUUAGAUUUUGGUUGUUACUAUGAAUCACUGUUAUUGUGAGCAUGUGAAAAAAUAAAUUAUGUGUUUAAUGAAAGCAA